AUGGGGAGAGUAAAGCUUCAAAUCAAGAAAAUAGAGAAUACAACAAAUAGGCAAGUCACUUUCUCCAAAAGAAGAAAUGGUCUUAUCAAGAAAGCUUAUGAACUUUCUGUACUUUGUGAUGUUGAUGUUGCUCUCAUCAUGUUCUCUCCUUCUGGUAGAGUUAGUACUUUCUCUGGAAAUAAAAGCAUUGAAGAUAUUAUGGCACGUUAUGUGAAUCUUCCGGAGCAUGAUCGAGGAAGGCUACAUAACCAAGAGCAUCUCCAAAGGGCUAUUGCUAAGCUAAAAUGUGAAGCAGAUCGAACUUAUCAAGCACCAAGUAGCCCAUCAAGUGUUGAUUCCCACAUAGAGGAAUUUCAACAAGAAAUUAUUAGAUACAAAACUCAAGUAGAAGACAUGGAAAGGCGACUAAGAAUGUAUGAAGGUGAUUUUUGUGAAAUUACCACAGUAUGUGAGGCACAAUAUAGGGAAGAAAUACUCCAAGAGACACUAAAACAAGUUCAAGCUCGCAAACAAGUAUUGGAGGAAAAUUAUCACUCUCCACAAACACAAAACACUACACAGCCACAGAUGGAUUUUUCAGGACAAAAUGUGAACAUGGUGAAUAAUGUGGCAACAAGUGAUGCAAUUGCAAAUAGUUCAUUUAUGGAUUGGGUUCCACACUCACAAAGAGAUCCUCAUGUCCAAAUUCUCAAUUUUCUUGAUUCCAAUGGCCUUCUUCCCUUCAGAGAUGAAGCUGAUCAACACAUGUUACCACCAUCUUUAAAUCAACUUCACGGUGUGAAUGUCCCUGCUGGAACAGAUCAUUUGAGUCCAAAUAGUCGAUUUGAUCAAAAUAAUCCGCCUCGUCCAUCAUCGUUCGAUGGCAUAAUCGAUGUCAAUAACGCUCCGUGGCCACCGUUAUAUACAACAGGGGAUGAUCCAUUUCCAGUGUCACAACCUAGAGAAAGAGCAAUUCUUGAACUCUUCUUGUCUCAACUCACUCCAGUGAACCAAGAUCACAUAUGAGGAUCAUUUUAUUGUUGUUUUAUACUUAGAAUUUGUUCCCUUUUGAUAUCGAUAAUAUUUCAAGAUACUUAGACUAGAAAGUUUAUUAGCAUUUUACGAUAUAAGUUGUUCUAAAAAUCGUGAUUUAAGUGAAACUAGUCAAUAAAUUUAGUGUUACAUUGAA